GCCUCUGGCCUGCCCUGCAGGAGUCACAGUCCCAGCCGGGGCUGUGGGAGCACAGGCCUACGUUGAAGACAGAGCCCUUCUCCAGCUUCUUUGUCUCCCAUCCUGAUUCUUGCCACUGGAUGCAGGAUGCUGUCUUCUCCUGGUGUGAUGGCAUGCUCACGGACCUGCUCCCGCAUCCUGGGGCUGAGCCUCGGGACCACUGCCCUGUUUGCUGCUGGAGCCAACACAGUGCUCCUCUUUCCUAACUGGGAUGUGAGCUACCUGUUGAGAGGCCUCAUUGGCAAGCAAGCCAUGCUGGGCUCUGGGCUCUGGGGAGGAGGCCUCAUGGUACUCAUUGCAGCUACCCUCAUCUCCUUGACGGGCUGGAGAUAUGGCUGCUUCAGUGAAAGUGGGCCCUGUCAAAGUUCUCAGACACAUGAACUUGUGGCCUCCUUGCAGUAACUCUACAGCCUGCUUUGCUAUCUGCGGCACCAGGUUUCUAUCGAGGUUGCUUAUUUGGCUUUUAUUUCUUUUUCCUCAAACCCUGGUCUCCUUAUUUUUGGGGAUAGGAAUUAUUUGUAUGACCGUUCACUCUGGAACUCUGUCUGCCUGGAGCCUUCUAAAGCAGUCAUCUGGCACGUGUCCUUCUUCUCCAUCCUUCUGUGCGUCAGCCUCCUCCAGAUUCUCCUGGUGGUCAUUCAUUUCAUCAACAGCUUCUUGGGACUUUUCUGCAGCCUCUGUGAGAAGUGAUAGGUAAAUGCCCUUUCAUGCGAGAGAGUUUUCCUCAGAAACUGUCUUGAAUCCCUUCUGUAAGAAGUGGGUAUGGAUUGUAAACAAACUUCCUUUUUAGGUGUGCCUGUAACCAUGAUUCCUUGGGCAUAGGCUGAAUGAUAUUGGUGAAUUUUGAAUCACAUUGUAAACUGCAAGUCAUUUAUUAUUGUGUAGGAACUUAUGGUUCAUAAAAUGUCUUCCAGCCAUGGCCUCAUUUCAGCCUCUCAACAACCCUGUAAAAUUGGUCACAGUACAUAUAGCAGUUGAAGUUCCUAGAACAUAACGGACUUGAUGCCUAAAAGCUCUCACCUGGGUUCAGGUAAAGUUAGUACUUAAGCUCUUAUCUUCUAAAUUCAAGUUCACCAGUUGUUAUGCACUGAACUGUGUGUCCCCAAAAUUCAUAGGUUGAAGCCCUCCCCCCCCAUGUGACAAUAUUUGUAGAUAGAACCUUUAAGAAGCUAAUUAAGGUUAAAUGAGGCCAUAAAGGUAGGACCCUAAUCCAGUAGAACUAGCAUCUUUUUUUUCUAAAUGCUUAUUUAUUUCUGAAAGAGGGAGAGAGACAGAGCGCAAGCAGGGGAGGGACAGAGA